AUGGAGCCCCCCACUGCGCAGACCGCUCUGACGUACCACGAGGAGUCUGAUUCAACGGCCGGAGAUGGAAAAUUUACCUUGGACAUCUACGGAAUGGAGCUUCUCGACUUGGGCGAGGAACCAGAAGACGGCGGAACAUACUCGUGUCUAGCACCUGGUUGCAGAAAGGCAUUCCGAGAACCAGACGUCUUGGAGUUUCACUCUAAGCGGUGCAAAAAGCUGAAACCUACCGCCUCGCCAGAUGCUGCUGCAAGAAUUGUGCCGCCCAUCCCAUACGUCGCAAUUGAGCGGACAUCAUGGAGCGAUGUCACCCAGAACGCACCGGCUGAAUAUCACAGUACAGACGACCGUCAGUCGAAUAAACUGCAAGUCAGUGCAAGCCUCACCCUAUACCUCAACAUAGAGUAG